AUGCAAAGCAAGUCGCCGAGUGAGACGAACAGAACCAACGAAGUGGACAAGACGCAGUUGCAGAUGAAAAAGGUGAGGAAAGAGUGUUCGACGCCUCACAUUUCGGCGCAAAUUGCAGAAAACGCCGGCCGAGCUGGCGCAAAUGGCGAUUGUGAACCGCGCGUUCUCGGCCGAAUCGAUCGACGAACCGCCGCCGCUGUCGCAAAAACGAUCGGAGACGUCGCUGGAUCCGCUGAAGACGCAGCUCAAAUCGGUGCCGCUGGUGAAGGCGUUCAACUCGGCCGAGAACCAUUUGGAGGAGCCGCCCGAGAAGAAGUGA